GUUGUUUAUCGUCGUGAAUCGUGAUGUCUGUGAUGCUAACCUUCAAACUUGACGUUUGGCUUGUUAUUUUUAAAACAAUUUAUUGCAAUUGAAUAAACUAAUUUUGGUUCAAAAACAAAUUAUUUAUAAUAUAGUUUAAUAUGUGGAUAAUCAUAUAAAUUUACAAAUUUAAGGGGAUUAGUGUCAUACUAAUCCCUGUUGCAGAGAAAUGCCUAACAUAAACAACAGCGUACCAUCAACUUUUGGAGAUCACAUAGACAACUAUGAAGUACUCAGUUUCAUUGGAAAGGGUGGCUUCGCCCGAGUUUAUAAAGCUUGGUGCCCGAGAGCCAAUAUGGAAGUUGCCAUCAAGAUGAUUGAUAAGAAAUUAAUGAGCGCUAAAGGAAUGGGCCAAAGAGUUCGCCAAGAAGUCGCCAUUCAUUCCCGUUUGAAGCAUCCAUCAAUUCUAGAGCUCUACACAUUUUUCGAAGACUCCAACUAUGUUUAUCUUGUACUUGAACUAGCUCAUAAUGGAGAAUUGCAACGAUACCUCAGAGAUAAUUCAUGCGUUUUCUCUGAAGAAGAAGCGAGCACCAUUCUUAGUCAAGUUGUACAGGGGCUUCUGUAUCUACACUCGCAUAGCAUUCUCCAUCGCGAUAUCACACUGGCCAACUUAUUGCUCACCAGUGACAUGCAUGUGAAAAUUGCUGAUUUCGGGUUGGCGACUCAGCUAUCACGACCCGACGAAAAACAUUUGACGAUGUGUGGGACUCCAAAUUACAUCUCACCUGAGGUUGCUACGAGGAGUUCACAUGGACUAGAAGCCGAUGUGUGGAGCGUGGGCUGUAUGCUGUACACCCUGCUGGUAGGGAGACCUCCCUUCGACACCGACGGAGUUCGCAGCACGCUCACUAGGAUUGCAAUGGCAAGCUAUCAGAUACCUGAAUCUGUUUCUCCUGAAGCCAAAGAUUUAAUCGAUAAACUGCUUAAGAAAAAUCCGAAGGAAAGAAUUAGAUUAUCUGCGAUACUGGAUCAUCCGUUCAUUGCUCUUAAAAAGAAUAGCAGGCAUAAUUAUUACUUGAGUAAAAGAGAUGAGGAUAGCGCACUAGGAACGUUGAGCAUGGCAACAUCGAGAAACGCCAACUCUACAGCCAGCAGUGCCCUGCAUUACAGUGGACAACAUCACAGGCCUACUUUGUCAAGAUCAGACAACCCGUUUCCCAGGCCACCAGUCAGCCAUACACCUGUGAACCGGUUCGCAGCCGGCGACCCAGGCCGGUCCUACAACUCCAACACAAGCGGCUCGUCCUUUCUGCCGCCGCCGACCGGAAGUCGGCCGAUACAUCUGCCGUCAUCCACCACCUAUUCGGCCGAACCGAGCCUGCAUAGCAUGAGCUGUCGCUCGGAGGCCAAAUCGUGCUGCUCCACUUCACGAGUCAGUGUUCCCAAUUGCAGCCAUGACCGUGUCGUCUCCGGCUGCAGUCACGACCUUGUCGUCUCCGGCUGCAGUCACGGCAGUGCGACCAGGCCGCAGCCUCCACCUCCCAUCACCGCUAGAUGUCGCACGUGCGACACCGGCUAUCGCAACGACGACAAUCGGUCGCAGUGCUUCGAGUGUCGUCGAAUCGAGGAGGCUGGCAACGAGUGCCGCUCUUGCUCCACUCAAGCAGCGUGUCAAUGCGCCACAACCAACCCCCCACUCUACGAUCCUGUACUACCGCCGUGUCAUAGUCGUGAGCGCUUUGAAAUACUUGACACAAGACAAACACCAUGUACUGACACGCACACUUCUACCCCGUAUCUUGAAGAAGGACGACAAAGUAGGGCUUCGAACCAGGAAGGAAGUCGAAGAUCCGAUGAGAAGUGUUUGAGCUGGUUUCAGAAGAUGAAUCCGCCUAGUAGAGCGGAGAACCAACCUGCAUUACCCAGUGAACCAGUGAAGAGCCAAUCAUUGCCCGUCCCGCCACUGAGCACCGUGCGCCUGAAACCGAUGCGGCACCGCAUCAAGGCGGCCAUUCUGUCCAUCCUGGAGUCGGGCGAGGUGUGCAUCGAAACCGUCAAGAAGAAAGCCUCCUGGAAGAAGGAGCGUGUUGUCGACGUGUGCCGUGUCUCCAGUGAUGGUCUUAGAGUUGUCCUCUACCAACCAAACGGAGGUAAAGGCGUGCCUGUGUCAGAUAAGACUGUGCCGUUGCCAGGCCAGGGCGCCGACGCAAUUCACAGCUACGAAUCGCUGCCUGAGAAGCACUGGAAGCAGUACAUUCACGCCGCCAAGUUUGUCAACCUGGUACGAGCAGCCAUUCCUAAAGUGACGUUCUUCAGCGAACAGGCCAAGUGCAUGCUCAUGGAAAACGCUCCCGACCCGGAUUUCCAAGCGUUCUUCUUCAAUGGUGGAAAGAUCACUAGAAGUGAAGGUAACAUAAAAGUUAUUGAUGCAGACGGAAGACCAUCAGGAACAUUCUCAUUGCAAGAUCUCGAAUCGACUUCUUUGACAAAUGUCUCGUCGUCUGUCUCAGCAAUGUGGAAACAUUUCCAGCAGUGCUAUGAUCAUUGUCGUUCUCUAGAAUCGGUUCUGGAAAAACUGAGCAGUGAGGAGUCAAGCUUAAAAAGUGACACUUCUUAUUUUCCAAUUACUAUUGGCCAAAAACCCAUGUCUUCACCUCUUAACGGAAAAGAGAAUUUCCCCACAAUAACACCACCCGCAACAAUAAAUCAGGGUUCUAGGACUGGAUCAGCUUUAACGUUCGAGUCAAGACACAAAAAUAACCAAUCAAAUUCAGUCACUGGCAGCAACAAAUCCAGAACUCUGCACAUUCCAGAUUUGGGUAUUGCUACUCAAUUUUCGUCUGGAGAAAUUACGGUGUUGUACCCUGAUACUUCACAACUAUCUUACAACAGUGCCACUGGCAAUGUGACGUACUCCGAGAACGGAAAGGUGAUCAAGUACAAGCAACCGAACAAGGAACAGCUGCCAGAGGUUGUGCGCAAACGUCUUUCCCGCUUUCCUGAUAUUCUCAAAUACUUUUUCGACCAUAAACAACCAUCUGACAAAGAAAGCAACAAAAAGCCGAUAAGAUGAUUUGUUUUCUAAUCAAAUUAAUAUCUAGUUAUACCCUAUUUUCUCAUUUCGCCAAUCCGAAACUUUAGUGCAAUAUUCUAUUUCCAAUGUUGUUCUUCCUUCAUUUCAAUUAAUGCAUUCUUGAAGAAAAUUAUAGGAAAUUAUUGUAAGAACACACUCAACUGAGCUGUCGAGAUGGUACUUGAAUCUUCAUUUUCUAUUGUUUAUUAGAAAAUUGAUUGCAUUUCUUGAUCCAUUUUAUUAUGAUUUUUAAUACGAGCUCAUAAACGUCGAGUAACUAUAAUGAUUAUAAAAGGUGGAACCUAUUUUCAGACAAUAUUCCUCUGUUUUAAAAAUAAUAAUUUUUCCAAUCUAAAAUAUCACAUUUUGUCCCAAAGAAUAAACUUAAUAUACUACAAAUUAUAAGAUAUAUAUGUUGCUAUUUUGAAUUCGUAAUAUUCUGCAUUUCAAUCAAUUUGUAAACUUUUUCAAUUUUUAAUGCAUUUUUAUUACUGUAUUGCUUAAUGUAUUACUACUUUAUCUGACAAAUACUGAAUUAGGUCUAUAUAUUUUACAUCCAAUUAUUAUGUUGUGAAUUAAUAAGUUUCCCAAUAAUUGCUUAGGUAUUUGUAAAUAUUUUAUAUUUUUCAAGUUGAGAGUAUGUUUUAAAAUAGUAAUAUAAGAUGUGUUGUUGAGAAGAUUUUUAAUGUAUUUAUAAUAUUUUCUUACUAAAUCUUGUCAAAUGUAAAUAUUUUUUAAUAAAAAGUGUAAUUUAAUUUCCUGCUUUUAA